CAAAACAGUGGACGACACGCACCAGUGUCCGUGAUAUCUGAAGAUAGCGGAGCCUCUCACUUAUUCUUCGUAUUCCAGGCGGACAGCUUACAUACAUACAUGCUUGUUCUAUCUUGUGCACGGCGGGAAGCUUUGCUCGUCGCGGCUUUGACCUCUUUCGUUUUUCACUGCUCUAAAUAUAUUCAAUGGCCUUGUUGGAUUUAUACCACUCCAGCUGCUGGAGACGGACCAUGGCUUGACGAUUCGAUGUCUGUGUGCGGGAUAGAUAUGUCUGCUGUUGGCAUGAGCGUCAUUUCUGGAUGUGUUGAACAUCAGGAAUGCAAGGUGGUGUUACCUCUUGCGACCUUUGAUUUGCAUUUUGACAGACCUGUCAACGUGCAACAAGGGUCAAAGCUAACGUCAGCGUAUGUUCCCAGGGCUUCUAGCGAUCUUUUGAAUAAUCUUUCCGAAACAUUUUUUGUAUGGCUCUCUCACCCAUCAGAGAGCUUUUGGGUCAACCUGAAUCCAACAGAGUCUGAUCGGGUUGUCGAGCGUAAUAUUGGUCACACUGAAGUAGGAAGAAUCAUGCUCGAGGCUGACCUGUCAUUGAAGAAAACCGCAGCUCGGCUUCUACACCCAGAUCACCCUAUUUUAUAUGGUUCAAUCGGUACAAGAGAUAUUCAAAUCUGUCAUUCAUUUCGCCAGUGGAUUGUUCCAGAUAUAGCCGAGGUCUGGCAGUCGUCAUCUGGGAGUAGAGGAUAUAAAUCUAAGCAAGGGAGAACAGAUGUAAUGCAUCGGAGUAAGUGCGAGAAGAAAAAUGUUUCAUCGUUUCAUGUCCUGAGCGCGAGACUGCUUGUGAAACAAGAGGCACUCUAUUAUACGAAUGCUAAAGAAUGGGAAUAUGAGACGCGGGCGCCGGACGAGGAUGUGCGCACACUUUGCCAAAGUUCUGAUGUGACGACACAAAGAAAAGCAGAUGAGUUAUUCAAGGCAAGUCCAGAUCAUAAGCACUUGUUUUAUUCUCUUCUGACCCUUUUGCCUGCACAGUCGAUCUUGCUACCCGAGCUUCAGCGUCAGGUGAACGAAAAUCCAGAGUAUCUUCAUCUGCGCGCGAUCUUUUUGUGGCGCAUCGUCAGCGAAUGGUAUCAAAGAAAUAUGAAAAACACUUUCGAUGAAGCUCUGGAAAGCAAGCAAGUCAGCUGUUACAAGAGUAGGCUACAUGUUUGGUUGAGAAACAACUCGGCGAAGUCGAAAAGCAAUUGCAUCUCAGACGAACUCACUAAAACAUUGAAUUUCCUCGAACCUGAGCAUUGGUAUCGUCCUGUGUCAAAUACAUGGAUGCCAGCUGUCGUGUUCGACGAGUACGCGAAGUCGAUGAUCGAGGGAGAAUUUCAUAUCACAAGGGAAUCGAGAAGCGUUGAAGGAGAUGUGUUUUAUAGAACUUAUUUCCACGGUGGUAUAGACUUUCGAAAACUUUUCAUUCGCAGUGCAGAUGUUCAGAACCUUGAAGCUUCAAAGAAAAACAGUGACUUAACGCUGAAGUGGUACUACAUUUAUGGUGGCCGAGGGCUAGCUCACGCAGACACGGAAGACACGAGCUUAGUUCCCGGAUCACUUGGUAUCACUGCUUCAUUCAGCAAAAGUAUGAUGAACUUUAGUUACACGAACCCAAACCACGAAAUGUAGAAGAAAUAGGAAACAUCUGUAUUUCACAGAAAUACUAGACCAAAGCAAAAAGGAGUAUUGGUAGAAAUGUUGUAUGCCACAAAAUAGGACAGGACGUUUGACAGCAGGGUUUUCUUCAUAAUCAAACGUGAUAUCGAUAGCUAGUCCUGUUUACACUGCUCCGAUAACAUUUCAUAUUGCUCCACUUGCAACACUUCCUCGCUUGCUGUUGAAAGUUAGCGCUUCUGACUUACCCGGACGAACCACGUUGAAGUCACUUGGUUUUAUAGUCGGCAGUCUUAGUGAGGGAUUAUAGUUUUGCCUUGAGAUGUUUCCUAAUUGCGUUAGAUGAGCCUCAUUGACUUGGCUGUUGAGCCAUUGAAUCAUUUGUUGAUUGCUGACUAGGAGUGCUUGGCUCUCUUCAAGUUUCUUAUUCUGGCUUUUGACCUGUGCUCUCAGAACUUGCAUCUCACGGUUUGCGAUUUCCAAUUCAUGUGUAAGCUCGUCGUGUUUACGUGCGUGAUUAUCGAGCGCACCCUGCCGUUCGUUCAAUACGAUUUCCUGCUGAGAAAUAACAGUUGACUUCAAUUUUGCUUUUGCUUUGGCAGAACGAAGUUCAGCUUGAAGUCGCUCAAUAAUAUGGUUCCCCUUUCGAAUUUCACAAGCGCUGGCAGAGAGUCGAUCCUCAGCCCUGGUUACAGCUACACGCGCAUCGUCCAGCGCAUGUUCCAUGGAUAAGUUGUGCGAAAUAUUACCAUCGAGCUUGCCCUUCAGGACAUUUAUAAGCU